AUGGUUGGAAAGAUCAGAAUCGCCAUUGACAGAGGUGGGACUUUCACAGACGUGAUUGGGAACCCAGGAACAGGAAACCAACAAGAUGAUGUGAUUAUCAAGUUGUUAUCAGUGGAUCCUAAAAACUAUCCAGAUGCUCCAUUGGAAGGUAUUAGAAGACUAUUGGAAAUAUUCACUGGUGAAACAAUCCCAAGAGGUGCAAAAUUGGACACUUCUCAAAUCGAAAGUAUUAGAAUGGGGACCACUGUCGCUACAAAUGCAUUAUUAGAAAGAAAAGGUGAAAGAUGUGCUUUAAUCACUACUAAAGGUUUUAAAGAUUGUCUUGUUAUUGGGAAUCAAACUAGACCCAAAAUCUUUGAUUUAAAAAUUAAAAAACCAGAAGUUCUUUAUGAAACUGUUGUUGAAGUUGAUGAACGUGUUACUUUAGAAGAUUAUGCUGAAGAUGCUUCUGGUAUUCAAACUAAAGCGAAUGAUAAAGAUCUUAUAUUAGGUACUUCUGGUGAAACUGUUAGAAUCUUGAAAAAACCAGAUGUGGAAUCUAUAACUUCAUCAUUACAAGUUCUUUAUGCUUCUGGUAUAAGAUCAAUUGGUAUCGCAUUAUUACAUUCUUAUACUUAUCCUGAACAUGAAAAAAUUAUUGGUGAAAUUGCAACAAAAAUUGGUUUUACACAUAUUUCAUUAUCUUCAGAAUUAAUUCCAAUGAUUAAAUUAAUUCCAAGAGCUAAUAGUUCCAUAGCAGAUGCUUAUUUAACUCCAGAAAUUAAAAAAUAUUUAAAUGGAUUCACAUCAGGUUUAAAUUCACAAAAUCAAGCAAAAAUUGAAUUCAUGAAAUCUGAUGGUGGUUUAGUUGAUGCUUCAAAAUUUUCAGGUCUUAGUGCCAUUCUCUCGGGUCCUGCAGGUGGUGUUGUUGGUGGUUCAUCAACUUGUUAUGAUGGAACUCCAUUAGUUCUUUUCGAUAUGGGUGGUACUUCAACUGAUGUUUCAAGAUAUGGUGGUCAAUUUGAACAUGUUUUCGAAACUACAACUGCUGGUGUUACAAUUCAAUCUCCACAACUAGAUAUUAAUACAGUUGCUGCAGGUGGUGGUUCAAAAUUAUUUUGGUCAAAUGGAUUAUUUAAAGUUGGACCUGAAAGUGGUGGUGCACAUCCUGGUCCUUCAUGUUAUAAAAAAGGUGGUGAUUUAACAGUAACAGAUGCAAAUUUAAUAUUGGGUAGAUUAUUACCAGAAUAUUUCCCUAAAAUUUUCGGUCCAAAUGAAGAUGAACCAUUAGAUGAAGAUAUAACUUUACAAAAUUUUACCAAAUUAACUAAACAAAUUAAUAUUGAAAAUGGUAGUAAAUUAUCUGUUGAUGAAGUUGCUUAUGGGUUUAUAAAAGUUGCUAAUGAAACAAUGGCAAGACCAAUUAGACAAUUAACAGAAGCUAAAGGUUAUGCUGCAUCUCAACAUCGUUUAGUUACUUUUGGUGGUGCUGGUGGUCAACAUGCAGUUGCAGUUGCAGAAUCAUUAGGAAUUGAUACAGUAUUGGCUCAUAGAUAUUCUUCAGUUCUUUCAGCAUAUGGUAUUGCUCUUGCUGAUGUUGUUGAAGAAAUUCAAGAACCUUCAAGUGCCAUUUUAAAUGAAAAAAAUCAAAAAUUGUUAGAAUCAAGAUUUGAUGAAUUAAAGUCAAUUUCCUCAAAGAAAUUAAUUGCACAUGGUUUUAAAAAAGAAGAUAUUUAUUUUGAGAAAUUUUUAAAUUUAAGAUAUCAAGGAACUGAAUCUUCAUUAAUGAUUAGUCAAGUUGAUGAAAAUGAAUGGGAUUUUGAAAAAAAUUAUUUAACUUUACACAAGAGAGAAUUUGGGUUCUUGUUUGAAGAUAAAGAAAUAUUAGUUGAUGAUAUAAGAGUUAGAGCUAUUGGUAAUACAAAUAGAUCUUUAAAUGAAUCAGUUGAUGAACAAUUAUCAAAUUUAAAAAUUCAAAAUGUUGAUUCCCAAAAAAUUAAAUUUACAAAACAAGUCUUCUUUGAAGGUGGUCGUUUUAAAACUCCAGUAUUUAGAAUUGAAGAAUUAUCAAUUGGUGAUAAGAUUAAAGGACCUGCAUUAUUAGUUGAUAAUACUCAAACAAAUUUAAUCCCACCAAAUGCAAGUGCAACUAUUUUAAAAUCUCAUGUUUUCAUAAAGAUUCAUUCAUCAGAAGGAACAAAAAUUUCUAAAUCAGAUCAAAAUCAAGUUGAUCCAAUUUUAUUAUCAAUUUUUGGUAAUAGAUUUAUGGAUAUUGCAGAACAAAUGGGUACUCAAUUAAGACAAACUUCAGUUUCAACAAAUGUUAAAGAAAGAUUAGAUUUUUCAUGUGCAUUAUUUGACCCGGAGGGAAGAUUAGUUGCUAAUGCACCACAUGUUCCAGUUCAUUUAGGUUCAAUGUCAACUUGUAUUAAUAUUCAAGCUAAAUUAUGGGAAGGUAAAUUGAAAAAAGGUGAUGUUUUACUUUCAAAUCACCCUCUUGGUGGUAAUACUCAUUUACCUGAUUUAACAGUUAUAACACCUGCUUUUUCUUCUGAUGGGAAAUUGAUUUUUUAUGUUGCAAGUAGAGCUCAUCAUAGUGAUAUUGGUGGUGUUUUACCAGGAUCAAUGCCACCAAAUUCAAAAGAAUUAUAUGAAGAAGGUGCAACUUUUUAUUCAGAAUUAUUAGUUUCAGAAGGGAAAUUCAAUGAAGAAAAAAUAACCAAAAUGUUAUUACAUGAUCCUGCUCAAUAUGAAGGAUGUUCAGGUACAAGAAAAUUAAGUGAUAAUUUAAGUGAUUUAAAAGCUCAAAUUAGUGCAAAUCAAAAAGGUAUUAAUUUAAUUGAAAGAUUAGUUGAUGAAUUCACUUAUGAUGUUAUAUUAUUCUAUAUGAAUGCAAUUCAAGAUAAUGCAGCAAAUACAGUUCAAAAAAAAUUAAUUGAAAUUAGUGAAAAAUUUGGUUCAAAAGAAUUUGAAAGUGAAGAUUUUAUGGAUGAAGGUUCCAAGAUUAAAUUAAAAAUUAAAAUUGAUCCAAAGGAAAGUAUUUUUGAUUUUACAGGUACUUCACCACAAAUGUAUGGUAAUUUAAAUGCACCAGAAGCUAUAACAAAUUCUGCAUUACUUUAUUGUUUAAGAUGUCUUGUUGAUCAAGAUAUUCCAUUAAAUCAAGGAUGUUUACGUCCAGUUAAAAUCAUUAUACCUUAUGGAUCAAUCUUAUCACCAUUGGAAGGAGCUGCAGUUGUUGGAGGGAAUGUUAUGACUUCACAAAGAGUUACAGAUGUUAUUCUUAAAGCUUUUAAAGUUAUGGCUGAUUCUCAAGGUGAUUGUAAUAAUUUAACUUUUGGUACUGGUGGUAAUGAUUCAAAAGGUGAAUAUACUCAAGGGUUUGGUUAUUAUGAAACUAUUGGUGGUGGUCAUGGUGCAGGUGAUGGAUGGAAUGGUAUUUCUGGUGUUCAUACAAAUAUGACAAAUACAAGAAUGACAGAUGUUGAAGUUUUAGAAAAAAGAUAUCCAGUUAUAUUAAGAGAAUAUUCAAUCAGAACUGGAUCAGGUGGUGAAGGUAAAUUUAAAGGUGGUGAUGGUGUUAUUAGAGAUAUUGAAUUUAGAAAACCUGUUAAAGUGUCUAUAUUAUCAGAACGUCGUGUUAAUCAACCUCAAGGUAUUGAAGGUGGUGAAAAUGGUGAAAGAGGGUUGAAUUUAUGGAUUAAAAAUGAUGGUCACAUUAUUAAUAUUGGUGGUCGUAAUACAGUUGAUAUCAAAAUUGGUGAAAGAAUUGUUAUUAAAACACCAGGUGGUGGUGGUUAUGGUAUUAAACCCGAUAAAUAA